AUGCCUCACAAUAACAGGCAUAGGAGAUGGCAUAGGAAUAGGAUAGUGGAGGGCAGGCAGGGAAGGGAGGGAAGGGAGGGACGGGACAACUUCCAGAACAAGUGCUCCAAUGCUGUUGUGGAGCGGUAUUCGCAUUCUGGUGUCACAUACUAUCAGCAAUUGAUGUUUGAUGUACACAACUAUCAGCUCAUAGUUGGCGCCCGAGACUAUUUGGUUCGCGUGGGUUUAGACAACUUUCAGACCUCCCGACCCGAAGCCCACUAUAUCCCCGCCGACGCUGACAAACAGAAACUAUGCGAAAGGAAAGGCAUGAAGCGAUGGCAGUGCCAUAAUUACAUCACUGUCCUCCUACCCAUCACUGCCACCAAACAGGUGCUCGUCUGCGGAACCAAUGCUUUUUCGCCCGAAUGCGAGAUCAGACAGUUGUUGAGCCUGUCGUCGGUCAUCAAACGCGAGUCCGGCGUCAGUAAGAGUGCCUUCAGUCCCCUCUGGAAUACCAGCGCUCUGUUGACCCAAUCGGGUGACUACUUCUAUGCCGGACCUCUUGACUUCAGGGGCAUCGAUGCGGCCAUCAUUAAGCACGAUAACAAUCCAUUGUCUACACAGUCAUCACUAUUGGCCACAAGUAAUCCUAAUAAGAAACCAAUCCUCAGAACAAUUCAGUCGGACUCCAAGUGGAUCAAUGCGGACGCAAACUUUGUCUAUAACUUUGAGUACGAAAGUCAUAUAUACUUCUUGUUUCGGGAAUCGGCCGUUGAAUACAUAAAUUGUGGGAAAAAGAUAUAUUCCCGGAUCGGUCGCGUCUGCAAGAAUGACAUCGGAGGACAACUCUAUUAUAAGGAGAACUGGACUUCGUUUAUGAAAUCUCGUCUAAACUGUUCGAUACCCGGAUUAUUCCCCUUUUAUUUCGAUGAACUCGAGUCCGUCGAUUGGGUCGAAACCAAUGACGUGCCCACACUUUACGCCACAUUCAAUACUCCUGAGAACUCUAUCCACGGCUCAGCCAUCUGUGCUUUUCGUAUCGAUUCCGUGUUGUCUUCAUUUCACGGACACUUCAAACAGCAGAAGAAUACGGACUCCAUUUGGGAGAGCUCUCAGGCCAACAAAGAUAUCUUCGAGUGUCAGACAACCAAUAAAAACAUAUCAGAAUUGCAUUCAAUCCAGAGAUUGAACUCUCAGUUCCAGUUAAUGGAUUCGGCCGUUCAGUCAGUUAAUGGCAGACCAUAUGUGGUAGAGACCGACAAACACUUCCAAUUCAUAGCCGUCGAUGUCAUUCAAAGCAAAUAUCAUAACUCUGUUGAAGUGAUUUUUGUGACCACAACGGAAGGGGUGCUCAUGAAGUAUGUGCGCUGGCCUUUCGCCACUAAAUCAUGUCUUAUAGACCAGAUUCGUGUCAUUUCCAACGCAAGCAAUGACUCCAUUCUGUCGAUGAAACUCCUGAGAGACACUCAAUCACUAUAUUUGGGAACAAAACAAGAAAUUCUUCGCAUAUCUGUUGAGCGCUGCCAUACAUUCUCAGACCAAACUCAAUGUCUAUUAAGUGGUGAUCCGUAUUGCGGUUGGGAUCAGUUGAAAAUGGCCUGCACUACAGCUCCGGGACGUAAUCCUCAGUCACAGGAAUGGAUUCAAUCGGAUUCCACACAAUGUUACGAAUCAAAGUCCAAUCAAUGGAGUGAUUGGUUUGAAUGCAAUCAAAUGAAUAAAACUUUAGGCGAUCAGUGCUUAUGUCGGAUGCGGUCAUGUUCUCCAUCCACUUAUUCCAGUGAUUUCUGUAUGAAUGGCAAAGAAAUACAGGUCACUAACUGUACACAACACGGCGGGUGGACUGACUGGUCCCAGUGGUCAACGUGUAGUGCCACGUGUGGAACGGCUAACAAAUACCGAUACCGCAAGUGUUCAUCCCCUGCCCCAGCUUUUGGGGGCCGUAAUUGUCGAGGUGUUGAAAGAGAGUCGAUUCCGUGCGUAAACCAACCUCCCUGUGUGAACACAACCCUCACUCAAGAGCCUAUAAAGCCUGCGAAUCAAUGGUCCGAUUGGUCUGAUUGGGAGGUGUGUUCAGCCAAAUGCGGGGGUGGAGUACAGUUACGGCGCCGUCGGUGCGAGUCGACCAACAAAUUCAAGGCAUGUAUCGGUUGUGAUGUGGAGUGGCGUCUAUGCAAUCGACACGAUUGUGGCGAAAGUAAACAACAGUCCGAAUGGACGGAUUGGCUCAUCAGGAAUGUGACCGCCGAUGGAGUCAAUGAACAGAGAUAUCGCUUCGUUUGCCGCACAGAAGGCUAUUCGGCGCACGUGUCCACACGAAUGGAGGAGCGCUUUGUGCCGACAAAUAAUGUUUGGUCGCAAUGCUCUGAUCACUCGUGUAAUGGCUUUCAGUUUAAGUGGAAUGGCAAUCAUUUUAUUAGCCGUGAAUGCGCUGCAACGCAAUGUCAGGGUUGGUCCCAAUGGUCACAAUGGACUCAAUGUGUUUAUGGCAAACAGAGCCGAUCCCGAGAAUGUCUCGGAGCUGACAGAUGUAGCGGUCAUUACAAGGAAAUGCGUUAUUGCAGUCAAACUAACAACUACUUAGCCAAUAAUGACAAUACAAUGAAUGAGAUACCAGUCUUCAGAAAGUCCACCUCUUCUACAGAAGACGAGUCGAGUGAUCAGAGCUAUAGUCUCCAGAAAGUGGUGUUCGUAUCGUUGCUGUCGUUUGGUUGCGGAGCUGUAAUCAGCGGACUAUUCAUAUAUUUAUUGCUCACCAAAAACGAGCGAAUCCGAGAUAUGAGACAUCAAAGACUUAAUUUAAGACUAUUCUCGUCGUUCAAGUCGACGGCUAAUGCAUACGAGUCGCCCCACGACUACAAGUCAAACCAAUCAGUCUUAUCGCCACUCAAUAGUAUUAGUCCCACGUGUCACUCAUUCGACCGAAGAUGUGAUAAACAAAGUAACGAAUCGGUGGUCAAUGGUUGCGGUGAAGACCAGUCCUUCAAUGGAUCGGAUCCGCGGUGUGAUCGGAGGCAAUGGAUGGCCUGUUAUGCGGAGUGUCAGCCCCGAGGGCUUGUGGUGAAUGCCUCUCGAGGAUGGUUUGGCACAGACUUGGGUGCGGAGGGCAGUGCCGGCCAUUCGCCGCACUAUUGUCUCUGGAUUUUGACAACUCAUCCGCUUUUGGACGCAAACACUCUCUUCUCGUCGAAAGCGACGACGCGAUCCAUUUCCAGACCAACCAAUCCCUCCAUUCCUGCCAUAAGUGUGAUCCUCGAGAAGGGAAUGCGAGUCGAGUGCCCGCACUCUCACGUCCAGGUCUUCGACGGCGUCCCCGACUUUGUGGCCGCCGGCGCUCUCAGCAAAAAACUGGGCUUUUAUUGCGGAACUGAUCUCAAACAAGACAUACAUUUAGUGGCGUUUUCGGGCUUUUUGACCGUUUUCUUUGAACGCCACGAUCCCAACCAAGGCUUCAACGCCUCGUACGUCCGGUUGGACUGCCAUUCCUGUCACUCAUUCAAAGACAGACAGUGUUUAGACAAUCAGUGCGUUUGUGUGGACAACAAGAUUGGCUCCAAUUGUGAAGUGAAUGUCUGUCCCAACAACUGUUCGGCUGAUAGGAGUCAGGGAACAUGCGAUCAGAUGAACGGCCGGUGCGUCUGUAUGCCUAAGUAUGGCGAAGAGGACUGUUCCCAAUCGCUGUCCGCCAAUCGUCUCAUUUGGUCGACUCUAUUCAACUGCGAGGCCGCCAAACCCUAUCUGCCGACGCUAUCCAUGUAUUUGCCGCGAAUGGGACACACGUUAGAGAGCACUGAGUCGUCGCUGUGGCUGUUCGGCGGCUACUCCAGCAUAAGGGGACAGUUGGGCGAUAUGUUUAGAUUCAAUUUGAUAUCUUCGCGAUGGGAAGAGAUCGGAUCGAAUGGCAAACCAGAUAAGGAUAGUCCCCGUUCUGGUCAGCCACAGGCCAGACAUUUUCACGCCACAGCCCUGUCCGGCGAGUGGAUCUACUUAUACGGAGGCCUGAGUCAAGUGCACGGAGUUUUGGGCGACUUUUGGCGGUUCCACACAUCGGAACUCAAUUGGAAUAAAUUGGAGACAAUUGAAGAGCUGCCACCACUGGCCGCACAUACACUCACAGCAACUGAUAAUAAACUCGUACUAAUCGGUGGUUAUUCUCCAGAGUAUGGAUUCCUCGAGAAGACAUUAGAGUACAACAUAAUUGAAGAUAAGUGGAGAGUUUUGAAUACAAGUGGAGUACGACCUGUGGGUCUGUACGGCCACAGCGCUGUCUAUCACUCCCAGUCCAACACUAUUUAUGUGUUCGGAGGUGUUAUCUAUGAUAUGGACAAGACAUCAAUAUCUGGAGAUCUGUAUGGGUUUGAUGUGAACAAUAGUGUUUGGUAUCGAUUGCCAGCCGAUGAACAGAUAAACCCAAUCGACACUCGACCAGAGGCCCGUUAUUUCCAUUCCUCGCUGUCCACCGAACUCUAUAUGAUUAUAAUCGGCGGUCGAAACAAUGACAGCAAUACUAUCGUCGACUCGAUUUACACGUAUAUCUAUCGCUGCAAUAAAUGGAUUUCACUCGAAAUGGACUCCAUUUCAGUCAGCGGUCAACCGCCCGAACCCGCGGUCGCCCUCUCGGCCACAAUACAAGACUAUAAUCUCUAUAUCUUCGGCGGAACUAAUGGGCAAACAAAUGGCAAUUUGUAUCGACUCUCUCUUCCCAAAGAUUUGUGUCAACUCUUCUCGCACUCAAGACUCGGAUGUCUGCGACAUAUCGGAUGUUCUUAUUGUUCUGUUUAUGAGAACGGAUUAAACAAAACCUUUUGUUACUCACAAGACUUGUCGAUACCUCAGAGCUGUUACAACCCAAAGGGCGCCUCAGAAGUGGCUCAAGGAAUGAGUUGUGGCUAUGAAUUGCUUGAGCGCCGCAAUUGCUAUCAAUACAAGACAUGUGUUGAUUGUGUGGCCGUUUGGCCCAACUAUGGGUCCGGCAAACAGGUGUGUCAGUGGUGUUCCAACUGUCAAAACGGGCGGUGCAUUCCCAUUGGCGCCUCCUGUGAAAGAGAACCCCUUUGCACACUUCAGCCAAGAAUCGUGACAACCGGCCACAUGUGCCCAUUGCGCUCAUGUCUGGCCAGUGAUUGUCAUAAGUGUUCAUCCAUUGGAGGCUGUAUGUGGACGAGACAAGUGUUGCGCUCAGAGUUGGGCCGUACGUUGAAUGUCAAACCCAUAUUUGACUGGACGUGCGUUCAGAAUAUACCACAAGACGUGACUACCAUUUUCGUCGAGUCUAUGCCUCCCCUCUCAUGUCCGGCCCGUUGCUCGCGAUUCGCGAAUUGCAGCACUUGUUUGGAGAGUGCCGGCGGAGAGGGCGGUCAUCACUCGUGUUCUUGGGCUCAAAACAUCAAUCAAUGUAUUUCUCCCAGUUUUGUGCCACUCAGGUGUGAGGCCGGUCUGUGCGGUAGUCUUGUACUGAGUGGCUCCACAUCUCAGUGCCCUUCCGCUUGUCAUGAGUUCACGCAGUCAUCUCAUUGUCUGUCGCGUCCCCACUGCGGGUGGUGUGCCUUCAAUGGGUCAGCAGUUGAUGGCAGAGGUGUUUGUAUGGAGGGGCAACUGUUUGGGCCCAUGGGAGGCAAUUGUAAGCCGGGAAAAGUGGAAGUAUUAAACCCUCCAAUGACUGAAUGGAUGGCCAAACAGGUCUCCAAAUGGUUGGCACAAUCAGAAGGACCCCCGCAAUGGGCGUAUUUAGAGAGACCUAAAGAGAACGAAUGUCUUAACGGACACCACAAUUGCGAUGAGAGACACGAGGAGUGUAUUGAUUUGGAGGACGGCUUUAUGUGCAGAUGUAAACCCGGAUACGUUAUAGAAGGCAAUCAGUGUCGGGCGACGUGUCAUCAGGGAUGUGUAUUCGGCACAUGUGUUGCACCCGAUGUCUGUCAAUGCAAUUUCGGUUAUGUGGGGUCCAACUGUUCGCUGGCGUGUGAGUGCAACGGACACAGCAAUUGUGCCGGAGUUAACCGAUUGGGUGAUUGUCUCGAGUGCCAGAACCACACACAGGGAUCUCAGUGUCAAAAGUGUAAACCAUUUUUCGUGGGAAAUCCUAUCAACUCUGGGAAAUGCAUUCCAUGCAAGACUUAUUGCAAUAAUCAUUCGGAAGUCUGUUUGGAUCGCGAACUGUACGACAGACUCAGGAAUUUUUCGGGACUUUUGGAAGCAAUCACUUCUCAGGAGGACAUCGAGAAGAUAACGGGACACGCCUUAGACGAGGGGCCCGCCUCUGGAGCCGUUUGUAUCAACUGUAAGCACAACACGAGAGGAACCGAAUGUGACUCUUGUGUCGACGGCUUCUUCCAAAACAAUGCCGAAAGGAUAGGAGAGGGCUGUCGGCGCUGUCACUGCAACGGACACUCAGACACCUGUAAUAAAGUGAAUGGAGAGGACUGUCAGUGCGAUAACAGUACAGAAACCGACAGACAGUGCUCUCAGAAUAACAGCAAGAACUCGAUGACUCCGUGUUGGCAAAUGCAGUGCUCAAAGUGCAAGGAAUACUUUUUAGGUGUUCCCACAAACGGCCACCAAUGCUAUCGACACAUGUUUUUAGAUAAAGACUAUUGUUUUGAUCCAAAAACACAGGAAGAAUGCAUUCGAAAGCCAUCAGGACUUCCAUCGGGCAGAACUGUGUUCUUUGCAGUUCAGCCGCGGUAUAUGAAUGUCGACAUCAGAAUCUUCGUCGACGUCACCAAAGGAGCCAUUGAUUUGUUUUUGUCUGCAAAAGAGGACACAUUCAUAGUGGAAGUGAACAAAACAAAUGGCAUUCAUUGGAUUUGGUUGGACAAGAAGUACUCCUCACACAUCGCAUUCGGCAACACUUACGACGAUUUGGACAGUCUUUCACUGAAACAGUCGUUUCUGAUGAACGACUCGUUGAGAAUGAGUUCAUCGAAAGCGCAGGCGAGCGGACCGGUACUCAAACUGCGCCACUCGUCGGCCAAUGAUCUCAUUUACUACUUAACGAUCACCGAUCCGAACGAAUUUCUCGUCAUUAGAAACUUAAGGAACCGUUUAGUGAUAACAAUACCUCAAGAAGUUCACGACCUGAGGAGUACUCGUUUUUAUAUGAUUUUGAAAGGCAUUCAAAGUCCGUCGCAAACGGUGGCGCCGAGUAAUGGCAGCGAUAAUAACAGUUACGGCAAUAUCUUCUUCCGUCAGGACCAGAGUCGCAUCGAUUUGUUUGUCUUUUUCAGUGUCUUCUUCUCCUGCUUUUUCCUAUUCCUCUGCGUCUGUGUAAUGGUUUGGAAGAUAAAGCAGGCCUUCGAUAUGAGACGCGCCCGACGGCUGCACGUGGCGGAGAUGAAGCACAUGGCCUCCCGACCCUUCGCCACUAUACUCCUCCAUAUGGACGGCUCGGGCGCCACCGCCGACGACGUGGAGUUCGCCCUCUCGUCGCCAACACAUCUCCUCAAAGAAGGAAACGUCAGAAAAUGCAAAGCAUUUCGGUUUAGAGGAAGCAUUUCGAGUCUGAAAGACUCGCCCAAAGCUCAGGUACAUCCGGAACCGUUCGACAAAUACACGAUACGUCCAGUGGCUGUCGAGCCGACCGCCGAUGGCGUGUCUGCGGUGGUCACCACUCUGGUUCACCUGCCGGGCGGCAAAACAGCCCCCAAUCGCAUGUGUUUGGCCUCCACUCUGGUCUCGUUGCGGAACUCGCAUCACAUCCUCAGCCCUAACGUGAGUCACGGCAACAGUAAUAACAUCGGGAAAGUGGGGAUCGGGGUCUGGAGGACAGCCGUCAGACGGCGGCCGCACUUCGCACUCCUCGCCUCGAGUCUGAGUCUCUCAUAUGUAGUUCCCGAAGACAACACCCAAAGUGGUUGUGGAUCCGCUACCAGUGUGACCCCUGCGUCCACUGUCACGGAGAGUGAGCCAUCAAUUUGGAGUGGGAGGCAGUCGUGGGGAAGGACUGGUGUUUCAAACAGUAGCCAUUUGUGGUGCAUAUCGUGCGGUGAUCACUGUUUCUGUGGAUUGGCAGGUCUUCAGGCCACUGAUGGGCGGAGGUGUAGAAGCGGACGUCUUGGGAAGGCGUGUGUACCGUCUCAUCGGUGGCCAACACAUCAGUCGCCGUCUAAAGCGACUAUCCGUUUGGACAACUGGUCGUCACGUCUUGAGGGCUGCGGUAGACCUCAAAGGAGUGGUUGUGUUGUCAAUGGAUUGGUUGUGAUGUCUGUGUUGGCGAUGGACUCACUGUCUGUCGGCGACGUCAUAAAGAGCGCCAGUAGUAGUGACUGGUCUUCGCAUUGGAGACUCAGUUGUCGUCCAAUCCAUCGGAUGAGUGUCUGUCGACUGAGUGUCGGUGCGAGCCGUGAGUGA